CCUUAAAGGCACGCAGCUGUAGCUUCCGGGUGGAAGCUGUUACGCACUACUAGUCGGGAAACGCCUUGGUCCCCGUUUACCAGCCCGCCCGGGAUGGCCCCCAAAGUCUCGGACUCUGUGGAACAGCUCCGCGCUGCCGGCAACCAGAACUUCCGCAAUGGCCAGUACGGCGAGGCCUCGGCGCUGUACGAGCGCGCACUGCGGCUGCUGCAGGCGCGAGCUGUUGCGCACUACUCAGCGGGGAACGGAGGUGGUCCCUGUUUGCCGGCCUCCCGGGAUGGCCCCCAAACUCUCAGACUCUGUGGAAGAGCUCCGCGCUGCCGGCAACCAGAGUUUCCGCAACGGCCAGUACGCCGAGGCUUCGGCGCUGUACGAGCGCGCGUUGCGACUGCUGCAGGCGCGAGGUUCUGCAGACCCAGAAGAAGAAAGUGUUCUGUACUCCAACCGUGCAGCGUGCUACUUGAAGGAUGGAAACUGCACAGACUGCAUCAAAGAUUGCACUUCAGCACUGGCCUUGGUUCCCUUCAGCAUCAAGCCCUUGCUGCGAAGAGCAUCUGCAUAUGAGGCCCUGGAGAAGUACUCCUUAGCCUAUGUCGACUAUAAGACUGUGCUGCAGAUUGAUAACAGUGUGGCAUCAGCCCUGGAAGGCAUCAACAGAAUAACCAGAGCUCUCAUGGACUCCCUGGGACCUGAGUGGCGCCAGAAGCUGCCCCCUAUCCCUGUGGUGCCUGUUUCAGCCCAGAAGAGAUGGAAUUCCUUGCCUUCGGAGAACCACAAAGAGACAGCUAAAACCAAAUCCAAAGAAACCACAGCCACAAAGAGCAGAGUGCCUUCUGCUGGGGAUGUGGAGAGAGCCAAAGUUCUGAAAGAAGAAGGCAAUGAGCUUGUAAAGAAAGGCAACCAUAAGAAAGCUAUUGAGAAGUACAGUGAAAGCCUCUUGUUUAGUAGCCUGGAAUCUGCCACAUACAGCAACAGAGCGCUCUGUCAUCUGGUCCUGAAGCAGUACAAGGAGGCAGUAAAGGACUGCACAGAAGCCCUCAAGCUGGAUGGGAAGAAUGUAAAGGCAUUUUACAGACGGGCUCAAGCCCACAAGGCACUCAAGGACUAUAAAUCCAGCCUUGCGGAUAUUAGCAGCCUCCUACAAAUUGAACCUAGGAAUGGCCCUGCACAGAAGUUACGGCAGGAAGUUAACCAGAACAUGAACUAAACCAUAGAGGGCAACAAGAACCCUGUCCUUGACCUCCCCGGAGAAGCUAGGGCCUCCCCUGCAUCUGCCCCAAUACCCAGCAUGCCACCAAGGGAGUGCAAAAUUAACCCCACUUUGACUCCUUGGAGAGGUAGCAGCCUUCCACCUGAGAAGUUUUGCUGGUUCAGAUUAAGUCCAUUACAGAUAAGCACAGGACUCUUUUUUUUUCUUCCUUCCCCCCCCCCCCCACCCCCCCGAGAAAGGUCCCCACUAGAGUUAAAAAGAAGUGUGAAGCCACAGCCCUGGCCUCAUCCGCUUGCUUCUGCCUGGCCCUUGUCAACAGAGUCCCUGACCCAGAUAUGUGCAGACUGGGUGCCUUGUGGCUUCCUAUGACACCAUGCCUUUGCAGUUCACCUGAACUGGGAGAGUAGCAUUGAUAGGCUAAAAGUGCUUGCUUACCUAUACCCACAGCAGCCUGUUGAGCUGGUUCUCCAAGGCUGCCAUCUCCCCAAGGGGACAGCUGCUAUCUGCACCCUGUCCUUGGCACAGUGUCCUGUGUUGAGCCCCAGUGCCUUUAGUCCAGGCCCUUUGUGGGAAGGCAGAGCCUAACCCUUAGAGGCUCUGUGCUGUUGCCUUCUGUAUGAGCUACCUACACUGUUCAAAGAGCCCAUAUUCCUCCUGGGAUGGGGAGAGAGGCCUCCUUGAGAUUCGUGUCCCUCCAGUCUGAGCAGGAACUUAACCUUUUCCCCCAGCAGCAGCCCCUCAGGCUUCUUCUUUGUUUUGUUGUGUUGUUAAUAUGUUGAAGUUAAUUGAACUGAUUUUAUUGAAGUGUGUGUUGCUGUUGCAUUAAAGGUUUUCUUCUGUA